AUGUUGUACGAAGCCGCGCCCCUUGUUCUCAAACUUUUUGAGCUCAUAAAUCAGCCACCAAAAACAAUCGAAAUUCUUCCAGGUGACCUGGAACAGUGGCUGUCAGCUGAACUUCCCUUGGAAUCACCCCAACCUUCUGCCGAUUUCCCAUUCGUCUUCGUCGAGGGCAACCUCGGCAUCCCGAAGAAAGUUCUAUAUGCUCUUUACCUGACCACGGCUGCCGUUCCCCGCAACGCAGACCCACAUUAUGCAAAGGCUUCCACUUGUGUCACCCUUCUUCUCAAUCCUGCUCAUCAAACUGCUUUGAACACGCGAAAGCGACUUGUCCUUGCUGGACUCCUAUCUCCAGAAAAAGAGCUGGAAUAUACAGGACUCCUCUUGCGCGGACCCCCCGAUUGUGCCAAACAGUCCGUUCUUUGGGAUCAUCGCAUGUGGUGCUUCAAGCGCCUCUAUGAUUCCCUCGGCGCCGUCAACACCCAGAUGCCAUUGCCGCUGCUGCAUGAAUGGUAUAUUCCAGAGGAAUUGAAAUUACUGCCGAAAAUACCGCAAUGCGUCAUUCGGGACGAAUUCCGCAUCAUAGCGCACGCCUGUGAGACGUAUCCACGAAAUUAUCAUGCCUGGACCCAUAGGCACUUCAUAGUUGGUAUCUGCUAUGCUUUAGGGGGGGCGAUCGACGAGGGUUCUGAGGAGUAUUGGAACAUCCUAAUCGAGGAACACGCAAACCUACGGCGCUGGAUCGACCUGCAUGUUUCUGAUUACUCGUCGAUGCAUUCCUUUGGACAGACACAGAAACUUAUAGACCAUCUCGUUUCCUCUUCUUUCCCUCGCGCGACUGAAUCUGCAAUUAGUUCCCUCCCAUCUUUUUCCAACCAUGCUCUGCUCCUUGUAACUCAUUACCCUUCUCACGAAUCCCUCUGGAUGUUUUUGCGGAUCGCGCUUGGCCAAAUGCCAGCUCAUAAUAGAAGAGUGAUUCUAGAGGACAUGCAGGCAAGCUCAACGUCAAACGAAGCGAUCCGUCAAACACUACGCUGGUUUGGUUAUAGUAACUCCUAG